GUAUUUUUUGAAAUGCUUAAUGGAUAUCUAAGUCCAGGCAAGCCAAUUGCAAACAUGACAUUUAAGAUUUAUGGUACUCUUGGCGUAAGUACGGCUACGCAGGCAAUUUCUUCUUUCAAGCAAGGUCAUUACAUGAAGAUACCUCCAAAAUCAAUGUUCCUUGUUCAGAUUAUUGGUACAGCAUUGUCAACGACUGCUAGCUUUGUUACAGGAUGGUGGAUUUUUAGCUCUGUUCCGCAUAUAUGUGAUCUGGAAAGACUACCCAAAGGAAGCCCAUGGACGUGCCCUAGUGAACGCAUAGCCUUCAGUGUUGGAGUCGCAUGGGGACUUGUUGGACCACAAAAGAUGUUCUACCCUUCAGGCACUUACUCUAUGAUUUUUGUCUUCUUCAUCAUUGGAUUACUCGCACCAGUUCCAGUGUGGAUCCUAUCACAAAUGUAUCCGGAAAAGAAGUGGAUUCAGCUUAUUACUAUGCCGGUCAUAUUUUACAUUGGUUCCAUAACGCCUCCUGUUUCUGCAAUCAACAUCUGGCCGUGGAUGGUAGUGGGUACAAUAUUCAACUACGUUGUUUUUAAGAAGUACAAAGGAUGGUGGGUUAGGUACAACUAUGUUUUAUCCUCUGGGCUUGACAUUGGAGCUGCUUUUGUGGCUGUUCUAGCAACUAUCCUUCAGGUUCGAGAUACAUACGGGAUCAGCUGGUGGGGACUGGAGCUAGAUGAUCAUUGUCCUCUAGCCAAGUGCCCUACUGAACCAGGUAUAGUUGUUGAGGGGUGUCCAGUCUUCAAAUGAUAACUAUGUCGUUGAUGAUGUCGUUACAAUUUGGCAUGCAAAAUAGAGCACCUCUCCUCCCCCGUCAUGAAGAGUGGGAACACAGCAACUCAUUUUAAGUUCAACAAAGAUCGAUGGUUAGUAAUGUGUUCAUCACCGUGUAGAAAUUUAUCUUUGGUCUUCUUUAAGCAAUAUACCGUGGCGGAUAUUGAAUGGAAAAUGGGCACUCUGUCAAGAUGAUUAAAAAUUCUUAUUUUAUUCAAAGUACCUGUGAACAUAAAAGUAGAUGUUACUUUAGGCA